AUGUCGGUUGGCGCAGGCCGGUGUGCCCAAGUUGAGGCGCCGGCCAUCUUCAAGUGGCCGAGCCAAAAGUACGACCUUCCCAGCCCCAGGCCCAAGGACGUCAUUCAGCGCGGCACCUGUCCGGACCUUCGCGGGGGCGACCCGAAAAAGCGCAGGCGGGCAGUGACCCCCGGGCUCAGCGCGCCCUCAGACGUAAUGCUCCUAGAUGUCGGCAACGCGCCUCAGCAUCACCAGCUGACUAGGCGGGAGAGGCCGGCACCGAGUGCUCCGACAUUACCGGGCACUGCCUUAUGCGAGAACACGCAAGACGGCGGCCGCGGCCGCGGCGACAUGAUAUACCGCGCCCCAGUCUACCACACUUCGGGCACUCUACUUAAAAACUGUCCCAACUAUCGUGUCCACAGCUACAAGGAUAGGUCUAGCCUUAAUGACUUUCGCUUCGAGUCGCUAGAUCUAUCGUGCGAAAAGCCAGCCAACUACCAAACCAAUCUGCUGCCUAUCGAGGCGGGUCUCGACGGCUCUUGCAUAGGGUGA